AUUCUAGACGUCGGGACGCCGAGCGUCGUCUGUUCGUGCGAGUGACAAGUGUUAGUGCAAAUUUUAUGACUUAUAAAAUAUUAUACAAGUAGAAAGAUUAUUUAUUAUUAAAUAUUAAUCACAAAUCGAUUUAGAGUCAUCAGUGAUCAAUUAACAUUUAUUGUCAAUUAAUAAAAACACAAAAAUGUACAGAGAAGUACUUUUGUGCGGUGUCAGAAUCCUAGAGUCGACGAAGACAGGAAACAAUGUCUUCAGAAAAUUUCACACUGGCCUCAAGAAAAGAGCUGCGCUACCCACAUCUAUGAAGUUGAGAAUUGAAAGUGCCUUGGAACUAGAACGUGUUCAUACCCGCCGCGAUUACAGCUUUAUUCAUGACAGCCAUUACAUGUACACAAUGGAUAAGGAUCAGGCGACAAAUGCCGAGGAUGUAAUCUUCGACAUGUUCAAAAAUGAAGAAACUGGCCUCUUACCAGUGGGGAAGUUUCUUGCCGCUUUAAGAUCGACAGGUCUGAGAAAAAAUGACCCACGGCUACAGGAAUUAUCAGAUAAUUUAAAAAGAGAGCACGUGAAAACUGGUGGACAUGAAGGCAUAUCUCACGAGACACAAAAAUUGGACAGAGAUCAAUUUAAAAAAAUUAUUACUCCGAAUAUAGUUCUGAUAUCGAGAGCAUUUCGGCAUCAGUUUAUAAUUCCGGACUGGGCUGGAUUUACGAAACAUAUCGAGGAUUUUUAUUGGAAAUGCAAGACGAAUACGGAAGGAAAAGUGGCUUCUUACAUCCCUCAAUUAGCCAGGAUGAAUCCAGAAUAUUGGGGUGUUUCUGUUUGUACCACAGAUGGUCAAAGAUUCAGUAUUGGCGACACUACAGUUCCUUUUACCCUUCAAAGUACCAGCAAACCUUUGACCUAUGCUAUUGCUCUUGAAAGACUGGGCCAGGAAGUUGUCCAUCAAUACGUGGGACAAGAACCUUCAGGAAGGAACUUCAACGAACUCGUUCUCGAUUAUAAUAAGAAGCCACACAAUCCAAUGAUAAACGCAGGAGCUAUUUUGAUCUGUUCACUUCUCAAAGCUCUAAUCAAGCCGGAAAUGGCGUUGGCAGAAAAGUUUGAUUUUACAAUGAAUUGUUUUAAAAGAUUGGCUGGAGGUGAGAACCUUGGUUUCAACAAUGCUGUUUUUCUAUCUGAAAGGGAAGCAGCUGAUAGAAAUUACGCUCUCGGUUUUUAUAUGAGGGAGCACAAAUGCUAUCCAGAUAAAGUCGAUCUUAAAGAAGUUAUGGAUUUCUACUUCCAGUGUUGUGCAAUGGAAGCAAAUUGCGAAACAAUGUCUGUGAUGGCUGCUACUUUAGCAAAUGGUGGAAUUUGUCCUACUACAGAGGAAAAAGUUCUCAAACCAGAAAGUGUGCGUGACGUCUUGAGCCUGAUGCACAGUUGUGGAAUGUACGAUUACAGUGGACAAUUUGCUUUUAAAGUUGGAAUACCAGCAAAAUCAGGAGUAUCAGGAUGUUUACUAGUUGUCAUUCCAAACGUUAUGGGAAUUUGCACCUGGUCGCCUCCAUUAGAUCCAAUGGGAAAUUCUUGUAGAGGUGUACAAUUUUGCCAAGAGUUGGUCUCAGAAUUCAAUUUCCACAGGUACGAUAAUUUAAAGCACGCUACAAAUAAAAAAGAUCCAAGGAGGCACAAAUAUGAAACCAAAGGAUUAUCAAUCGUUAAUUUACUAUUCAGUGCAGCAAGUGGCGAUGUGACAGCGAUGAGAAGGCAUCGAUUGAGUGGAAUGGAUAUGACAUUAUCGGAUUACGAUGGUCGGACCGCUUUACAUCUGGCAGCCAGUGAAGGCCAUUUGGACUGUGUGGAAUUUCUUAUUGAACAGUGCGGAGUUCCCAACAAUCCAAAGGACAGAUGGGGAAAGAGACCAAUAGACGAAGCAGAACAUUUUGGUCAUCUGCAGGUCGUCGCAUAUUUAAAAAAUUUUGAUAUUGCUCAGCAAACCGAACAAGAAAAUCAGAAAGCUAGUGAAGAUUCCACUGCGAAAACCGAAGCUGAAAAAGAGAAUGAUCCGAAUCCAAUAGUUCCUGGGUCUUCGGAUAAGCCGUCAGCCUUUCCUGUUUGCAGUUUUGGUGCCCCAAGUUUGCAGUUAUUUCUGCUCUGAAAUGGCCUUUAUCGAAUGAUAGACCUUCUACAACACCUACCUCUGGCAGAGAUAAUUUCCACAUACCGUCCUUUAAUUAGAUUAAAGUUUAGACUGAUAUUUAGGAACCGGCAUUUCUUUAAAGCAAAAAUAGUACUUGAAUUUCAUCAUUCUUUAGACAAUAACAAAGUUGGGCAAAUCAUAUCCCUAUUAAAAAUUAAAAAAUAAAUUUUAUUAUGUAUUCACUCAAACGUUUGUAUAAAAAAUAUUUGGAUUACAAAUGUUGAUCCAAGAAUUGAUAUAUUUGUUUCAUUAGAAAUAAAAAAUAUCUCUUGACUGAAUCUCAAUUUUAGCAAUCAGAUCCAAGUAACUAAUUAAUUUAUGCCCAGUUGUAACAAAUAAUGAUAACUUAUUGAAGACAAUAAUUUUGCAAUAUUACAACUGAAUUCCACAUUUUGUAGUAAUUGUGUUUAUUACUGGAUAUUUAGGUUCAUUAUAGAAAAGACAAAAAGUUAGAUUAUGCACUAUAAAUCGAUUUCAAAUAUGAAUUUUAUUCUAUUUAAAUUAAUGAAAUCAUUAAUUUGAAAUAAAACAAAAAAUCGAUAAAAGACAACUUUCAGCUACUUUGUACCAUUAGUUUUAUUAGCUCGAAAAAUUUCGAGUUUCGUUGAAAACAGUAUUUUAGCUUAGGCGAUUAUUAUAAUCAAAAGGGGCUCCUUGAAUGCUAUUAUAAUUAUGUUCUCAUCUCAGGUAGAAAAAUUGUAUAUAGUUUAUAUAUAGUGUGAAGUUUCAUAUGUAUAUAAUAUUCAUUUGUUUUAUACAAUAAAUGUAUAAAACAAAUUAAUAUUAUAUACAUAUAAAACUUCACAUUAUAUAUAAACUAUAUGUAAUUUUUUUGCCUGGGAUUAUGUAUUUGUAAUUGAUCAAUUAAUUAUCGAAUGCAAUUCAAAUUAAUUUAUGUAAACAAUAUGUUAUAUAUGUAUAUAUAAUAAUUAUGUUUUGCACAUUAAGAUCUUCUUAAUUGCAAGGCUUGUAAAGGUUGAAUAGUCAAUUUUUAUCUGCUGCUUUAGUGCACAGACUUAUCCAGGUCAUUCUCCAAAAAAUGUGACAAGGUUUUUUUGAAUUUCCCAAAAUAAAAUUUGGGAAAUGGAAUUGUAUUCUAAUCGUAAAAUUGACAAUAAUGAUCGAAAUGGAAAUAAUAAUUAUAUAAUGCUAAAGUGUCGAAAUAAGCCACAAAAGUUUCUCGAAUUGUAAAUUAAUAAUUAUUGUCUACGUGUAGCAGGUGAGAAAAAAAAUGUUGAAAAAAGUUUGUUGUCAAACAUGGCUUAAAAAAUUGCAUAAAGUUCUUUCCACAGCUGCAAGAUAUUUUUUUGUCUUCAUUACGAACUGACUGAACAUUUUUUAUAUGAAAUUGCAGAUCAUAUUUUUCCAUCGGGAAAAAUGACUGAUUUUGCUGCUUCUUUUUCUUUAUCGUUGGAAAUCUUGAAACGAGCAAUUUUUUUCAAAAUAUUAUAUCAGUAGGUUGAAGUUAAUAUAUCAUCCAAUUUGACAGUUGGAAUAUUCAGAAUCGUUUUUAGAAUUUAGGUAUUUUACAUCAGGUUUAAAAGUUACUUUAUCUUUAGAGCGAAAUCGUCCAU